AUGUCGUUAAAAUCAGUUGUAUAUUGCGAAGUGUGCACGUUACCCCCGGAUUAUUGUGAGUUUACGGGUAAGUUUAAGCGUUGCAAGGCAUGGUUGCAGGAGGCGCAUCCUGAUUUGUAUACCUCGCUAUAUGGAAACACCGAAGCUGCUGAAGGCGCAGAUGUAAAAGCUAUUGAAGGGGCUUUAGCUAAGUCAUCAAUUGGCGAAGCCAGAGAAGAGGAAUUGGAGAAGAAAUUGCAGAAGCUUCAGGCUAAGGAGGAGUCCCGGGAACAAAGGGAACUUGCUAAGAAGCUAUCGUCAAAAGUUAUUAUUAAAAGAGAGGCCAGAACUAAGAAGAAGUGUAUGAUAGCCGUAUCUGGGCUCGAAGUGUUCCAGAUCGAUAUGAAGAAGCUGGCUAAAACCUUCGCCUCCAAGUUUGCGACCGGUUGCUCUGUUUCCAAGAAUGCCGAGAAGAAAGAGGAAGUAAUAGUGCAAGGUGAUAUUGCAGACGAGGUUGAAGCCUACAUUCACUCAUUGUUGGCUGAGAGAGGCCUAGAGAACGUUAAAGUGGAGCAGAUAGAAGUCAAAAAGAAGAAGAAGCCAACUACGACCCCUCCCGCUCCACAGCAUUAA